AUGAGCAUAGCCUCUUCGAUACUUCGCGUAGCAUUGUUGUCGCAGCGCAGCAACCUUCUGUGCAAUGCGCUUCGCCAACAGGCAGACUACACCAAGACUCGCGUGAACCUCAAGCUAACCGGCGAUUCAACUGUAAUAUGUCAGGGCUUCACUGGCAAACAGGCCACAUUUCACUGUCAAGAAGCCAUUAAAUAUGGCACGAAAUUGGUUGGCGGCAUUUCGCCGAAGAAAGGCGGCACCAAGCAUCUCGACAAGCCCGUCUUUGCCACCGUCGAGGAGGCCAAAAGGGAAUUGAAUCCUCAUGCGACUGUACUGUAUGUGCCUGCGCCGGGUGCCAAAAAGGCGAUCGACGAAGCGAUGAAGGCCGAAAUUCCACUCAUUGUGGUCAUCACCGAGGGCAUACCUCAGCAUGACAUGGUGUGCGUGAAGGACGCGCUGAUGCAGCAGGAGAAAAGUCGCAUCGUGGGACCCAAUUGCCCGGGCAUCAUAGCGCCGGAGUUGUGCAAGAUCGGCAUCAUGCCUGGCGACAUACACAAGCGCGGCUGUGUGGGCGUGGUCUCGCGUUCGGGCACAUUGACAUACGAGGCCGUCAAUCAGACAACGAAGUACGGCAUGGGCCAAACGCUGUGUGUGGGUAUAGGCGGUGAUCCCUUCAACGGCACCAACUUCAUUGAUUGCCUCGAUGUCUUUCUGAAGGAUCCCGAGACCAAGGGCAUUGUGUUGAUAGGCGAAAUCGGUGGAAGCGCCGAAGAAGACGCAGCCGAAUACUUAAUUGAACACAAUUCGGGCGAUAAUGCCAAGCCAGUUGUGGCCUUUAUAGCAGGUCGCACAGCACCACCGGGCAGGCGUAUGGGUCAUGCUGGCGCUAUUAUUUCGGGUGGCAAGGGUAAGGCCAUCGACAAGGUCAAGGCGCUGGAGAAGGCGGAUGUUAUAGUAUCGGAGAGCCCUACGAAGCUCGGAUAUUUGUUGUCGGAGGAGAUGAAAUGCCGGAAUUUGAUCUAG